AGGGCUUUCAAGUAUCGAAGUUUGAAAAUAAAAUACACCACAGCCACGCUAAAGACGUGCACUGUGAAAUACAAUUCAAGAAAAAGAAUUACCUGUUUAGAUUAAUUUUUGAAUUUUCCACGGCAAUGAAAAUAUCUAAACCAACCACACUGGGACUUUUCCAACUGCUUGUGGCGUGCGUUUUAGUAGCUAUCUAUACAUGCCCCGGAGAGGCUAUGCAUCAUGGCCCAAUGAUCAUCUUCAAAGCUGGCAAAGGCCAUGGUCAUGGCAAUGGCAUGGGAGCAAUGGGCCUGCUUGCAGCAGGAUUGGCAUUCAAAGUAUUAGCGGAAAUGGUCAAAAAAGGUCAUCAUGAACACCAUGGAGGUGGACAUGGUGGAGGUGCUGCUUAUGGGCAUCCUAUGCCAAUUUCCUUCGCCAGUCACGAUGCACAUUUGCCUCAUUAUGGAUAUGAUCCACAACAAUAUGGAGGACAAGUAUGGGUGUGACGCAAAUCCCAAACAAGUCACCUAGUCAUUGUAAAUGUUCAUUGUACGCUUUGUAAAUGUAUAUUGUAUAUAACAAUUUAAUAAAUUUUUUAACGCUUA